GAUGCCAAGAGUGCGACCGAGUCUUUAAAUGUGAGCAUUCCUAUCUGUCCCAUGUCCGCUUCCUCUGUGUCCCAGGGAAGAGCUCUCUGCUAUGGAGAAACUCCCAGAACCCUAAAACUGAAAAGAGCAGCCUAGCUGAGCAGACCACGAAUUUCCACAGUCUGGCAAGGGACCUGGAAGUCAAAAUGGCAGCUUGUAAAGAUGAUGCACAUGGUCUUACUGGAGAAAGGAGAGCAAAAUCUGAAGAGGCUGAGAACAACAGGAGCAGGAAGACAGUGCUGUUGGAGAAAACCAAUAACUUGACUGAGGAACGUAACUGUGGGGGCAAGGAAGAGGCUGGGGGAGAGCAUGCAUUGGCUGGUUCUUUCAGGAAGCUCAGUUCAGGGAGGCAGUCAGCUAGGAAGGAUGCUUUAGAGCAGAAGCAGAGUGCUUUCACCGAGGUCAGGAGGAUGAAAGAGAAGCUGAGGAAUGAGAGACUGCAGGAGUCAGAGCAGGAGGAUGGCACGGCCCCACUUGGUAGAGAGCAGGUGUCAAAGGAAGCAUUGCUGAACUCCUCUGGUAGUGCAUUCUCCUUUGUUUGGCCCACCAGAGCUCGAGGAGAAGAGAAGAGUGCUUUCAGCAAGCCCAGUAAGUGCGUAACAGAAAGAGCUGCAGUAAAUUCUUCACAUCCCAUGAGUGAGUCAACAAAGAGCCUGGGGGAGCUGUCUGGCUUCAUUGCCACCGCAGACAUCAUGUGCUGCAGCAGUCUUCUCAAUUCCAAGUUCUUGGUCAGUGAUUUGUGUAAUGCUCAGAUGCUGCAGACAAGCAUCACUCGGAGCAGUGUUUUCCCAUAUACCUCAGAACCGUGGCUCAAGCAAGCAGGAGGACAGUUACAAAACACCAGCACUACUUCAUCCUCCCCCUCCUCCUCCUCCUCUUCCUUGACUCUUCUUCCCCCUACCUUCACAUCCUUUGGAGUGGCUGCCCAGAACUGGUGUGCCAAAUGCAACCUGUCCUUUCGCAUGACAUCUGAUUUAGUCUUCCACAUGCGGUCCCAUCACAAAAAAGAAUACUCCUCAAGUGAAUCCCAGUGCAAGAGGAGACGGGAGGAGAAGCUGACGUGUCCCAUUUGCCACGAGUACUUCCGAGAACGCCAUCAUUUAUCCCGGCACAUGACUUCUCAUAAUUAGAGCUGUGCAGGCAGAUGUCACCAAGGCACUGGGCAGGUUGGAUGAGGAAGGGAAUGAUAGUUCACUUAAAUCCAUUUCUUUUUGAGCUUACAUUAAUUUCUUUCAGGAAAUCACUGUUUACAAUAACUUAUAAUAGAUGCUUUGCGAAAAAAAUAUUAAAUGUUUA